AUGAGCUCGAGCUGCACACUCGUCGCCGACAGUAUGGACGACGCAGUGCAGAUGCUGCUCGGUCUCCUCGCGCUGUCGUCCCUGUACGCCAAGUGGCACGUCGAGCGACCGCGGAGACCGGUUCAGGUCUGGUUCAUGGACGCGCUCAAGCAGGGCUCGUCGGCUGCGAUGAUCCACGUGAUGAACAUUGUGCUGGCGAUCGGUCUGGUGGACUCGUCCGAGACGCCGAGUGACCAGGACCAGUGCGCGUUCUACUUUAUGAACGUUGUGAUCGACACGACAUUGGGCGUGUACUUUGCCUAUUUAUUACUACAGCUAUUUACCAUCAUUGCGAUCCGACAGCAAUGGAGGAGCCUGCGGUGUCAGGGAUACUAUGGCGACCCGCCCUCGUGGAAAGUCUGGUGGAUACAGUUGCUGCAAUGGUGCACGAUUCUGACCAUUAUGAAGUUUUUCGUCGGUGGCGUGAUCUACGCGUUUUCGACGCCGCUGGGAUGGAUGGGUUCGCUGCUUUUCUAUCCCGUGCACAAGCACCCGAAGAUCGAGCUGCUGAUCGUGAUGAUCGGCUGUCCGCUGGUGAUGAACAUGGUGCAGUUUUGGAUCCAGGACAGCUUCCUCAUGAAUCAUGAUCAACCGAACCGCGAAGAGCUACCACUUUUACAACCAUCAGCGGCUGGCGCUGCUAUCGUGCAAAAGCCACGUGGCGUGCCGAGCGUCUCCAAUGCUGCCGACAUGCGGACGCAUCCCCGGGACGUCAUCGUGCGGACUGGAUAA